AUGUCAUCCCCAAUCCCUGAAUCCAUGACUGGAAUGGUGUACCUGGGAGACAGGCAGGUCGAGUUGCGGAAAUUUACAGUCCCCAAGCCUGGUCGUGGGCAGGUGCUCUUGAAGUCCAAGGCGUCUUCACUCUGUGGUAGCGACCUUCAUGCGAUCUACCGGCUGCCGGCGAACAAGUGGAGCAAGGAUCAGGAAGGUUACUUCGAAGGGGUCAUUGGUGGCCACGAGCCCGCGGGUGAAGUGGUCCAACUAGGAGAGGGGGUGGAGAACGUGCAGGUUGGUGAUCGCUGUGUCGUGUUUCACAUUACCGGAUGUUAUAAUUGUCCCGACUGUCGUGAACUACGGCCUGGUUCGUGUACGACGCCUAUGGACGUAGAGAAGGGUCUUGGUCGCCGAUCCCACGGAUGGCAAAGAGACGGCGGACACGCUAACUAUAUUCUGUGUGAUGCCAUGACGCUGAUCAAGAUGUCGCCGUUCAUGACCUACCUCGACGCAGCUAUGGUCGCUUGUGGAUACGGAACAGCCUACUCUGCCGUCAUGAAAAUGCGGCCGAAUGGACACGACCGGGUUCUGGUCGUUGGCCUUGGCCCAGUAGGAUUGGCCAUCUCUCAGAUCUGCCAGAAGUUGGGUGCGAAGGUCUUUGGCUACGAGAUCAUAGAGUCCAGGAAAGAGUUCGCUAGGUCACUGGGCAUACAGGUUUUGGAAGAAGAUCAGGUCGAGGUCGCCGAAGAUGGCGUUGCACCUAGGCAUAUUGGCUACGACUUUACCUUCGAUGUCACUGGUGUUCCGGCCGGCCGUAUUAUGGCUGUACGCGGAGCGAGAAGAUGGGGGACGGUCAUGAUGAUCGGUGGUUACAAUGACGUGACUCUCAAAGUAUCACCAUGGAUUAUCCAGAAGCAACUUACGAUCCGCGGAUCGUGGGUCUGUAGCAUCCCGGAGAUGGAGGCUUGUUGCAAAAAGCUCGAAGACUGGCAGUUGCAUCCCGAUGCGUUGAUCUCUCAUACCUUUCCUCUGAGCGAGGCAGAGACGGCGUACAAGAUGUUCGACGAAGGCAAGGCCAAUAAGGUCGCUAUUGUGUUUGACUGA